GAUAUAAUUUACUCCUAAGCUACCCUAUAUAAAACCUUAAACAUCCCUGCAGUAUUCCCGGUCCAGACCCUACAAACACCCACGUCACUUCACACUCACUCCAUCAGCUUCCUCAAAUCCAGCGACCUCAUCGUAUAGCACAAGCAGCAGCAUGAGAGCCAAGGCCAUGAAGGCUGCGACGGCGGCCUGCAUGCCGCGGCUAGUGCGUGGAGGCGGCUGCCGCGCGUCCACGGCACGCCCGGCGGCGUCGGUCUCGCUGCUCGAGCGCAUCCGCGACGUCGUCCUCCGCCUCAUCAUGCUCUCCGCCGUGUCCAGGGCCUCCGUGCAGCGAACCAGCAGCGGCAAGUCGUCCAAGGCCUCGUCGCAACGCGCUGCCAGCCGGCACCGCGACUCCGACGCGGCCGUCGCUGUGGCGUGCCGGCGGGAUGACUCCAUCCGGAACAAAGCCGUGGAGGACUGCAUCGAGUUCCUCAAGCGCUCCUCGGCCGAGGGCGACGCGGCCAAGCUCUCCAGCGUCACCGACGUCGACGCGAAGCUGCCGGGAGCGACCCCUACCGACGAAGCCAAGAUGUCAGCAGUAGGUGGUGAGGACAAGGCCUUCUUUGUCCUCAACGUCGAGGCACGGCAUGAGCCCUCACCAGGCGGUGGAUGUAGAGAAUCAUCGACCUAGGACAGGGGAAACUCUUAGAAAUUUGUUCAGUUUGUUUAAGGAAUUAUUAUUUUUGUACCAUCGAUCUGUUGUCAUCUUUUGUGAACGCUUUCGCUUUUGAUAUCGCUUACAAAGUGCUUGACGAUGACGACACAGCCAA